CACCCGUGCUAGAAUUUGACUAUCUCAUCUGUGGAGACUGUGGCAAAGAAUUCAUGGACUCCUACCUUAUGCAGCACUUUGAUUGGGCAACAUGUGAUAAUUGCAGAGAUGUUGAAGAUAAACAUAAGCUUAUAACAAGGACAGAAGCAAAAGAAGAGUAUCUGCUUAAAGACUGUGACUUAGACAAGAGGGAACCAGUACUCAGAUUCAUUGUGAAGAAAAACCCUCAUAAUUCACGAUGGGGUGAAAUGAAACUUUAUUUAAAACUACAGGUAAUCAAGCGUUCACUUGAAGUCUGGGGUAGUGAAGAAGCCUUGCAAGAAGCAAAGGAGCUCCGCCGUAAUAGCAGAGAGAAGAUGAAACAGAAGAAGUUUGACAAGAAAGUUAAAGAACUCCGCCGUGCUGUGAGGAGUAGUUUAUGGAAGAAACAAGCCAGUAUCCAUGAACAUGAAUACGGACCAGAAGAAAACAUUGAUGAAGAUACAUAUAAAAAGACAUGCACUGUGUGUGGCCAUGAAUUAACUUAUGAGAAGAUGUAGUGUUAACCUGUUUUUUAAUUUUACUUUGUUUUUAACAGUAUUUUGUAUUAAAAUCAAAUAAAUGCUAAUUAUGAACAGUCUGUUGCCA